CGAAUCACAACACAAACAGAGACUUCCCUUCUCAUAGAUCUAUCAUCUUCCUUUGCAUCUCUCUCUGCGUAAAACCCUCUCUCGCAGUCAUAUCUUAUGAUCUUAUCCCUCUCUUCCUCUCCAGCUCGCUGUGUGUGCGUGUGAGAAUCUAAAAGUAUCGGUUUUGUUUUGUUUAAAUACAAAAACCCAAGAUUUAUCAUAAACCCUAAUUCUCGGGGUUUAAAGAAAAACACCGUUGGAUCUGCGGCCCCAUCAUCAUCUUCAUCUCCACCAAGCUAAGACUGCUAUUUUGAAUUUUUGAUCUCCUUGGCUGCGCGCUUUUGUGGCAGCAAAAGCGAAAUUUUGUUUUGCUUAAAUAAUGGCUAGUCCGUAUCCAGGACCUGUUAGUGCUGUUCAGGUGGGGUCUUACUUUGUAGGACAGUACUAUCAGGUUCUUCAACAGCAUCCUGAUCUCGUUCAUCAAUUCUAUGCUGAUGCCAGCACCAUGAUUCGUGUUGAUGGGGAUUCAAGCGAGACUGCUUCCACAAUGCUGCAAAUCCAUACACUUGUUAUGUCCCUAAAUUUUACUGCAAUUGAGAUCAAGACCAUCAAUUCUCUCGAAUCUUGGAAUGGGGGUGUUCUGGUGCUUGUAUCUGGUUCUGUUAAAAACAAGGAAUUCAGUGGCAGGAGAAAAUUUGUGCAGACUUUUUUCCUGGCUCCCCAGGAGAAAGGCUACUUUGUUCUGAAUGAUAUCUUCCAGUUCAUUGAUGAGGAAAUCGUUUACCAGCAACAUGCACCACCCAUCUCAUCUGAAAAUGUAUAUCAGCAAUAUCCUGUUCCCAUAUCAUCUGAGGACACUCAUGAUGCUCAACUAAAUGCUUCUAGUCCAGAGCAGCCAGUUUCUGACUAUGUUUUGGAGGAAGAACCCAGGGAGUAUGUGAACUCAGUUAACAUAGAAGAUGAUCCAGUAGACAAGUACAGUCUCCCAGAGCAACAGCAGCCACAGGACUUUGAGACUGAAAUUGUAGUUGAAGAAGCUUCUGUUGAGGAGACACCUGCUUCAUUUGAAAGUGCUGUGAAUGUUGUGCAAGAUCCUCCAGUUUCUUCUCUGGAGGAGCCUGUAGAAGAACCUCCAAAGAAAACUUAUGCUUCUAUAUUAAGAGUUGCUAAGGGGCAGUCAUCAGUUGCUACUCAGCCAUCAGUUAUCAAGAGUGCCCCAACUAUGUCAGGUUGGGAUAAUAUACCAUCACCUCCUGCUCAGCAUUCAGACUCUGGAUUGUCUUAUGUGGCGGAAUCUGGAUUUGAGGCAACAGAGGAAGGCUUGGGACUAGAUGAAGGUGAACCAAAAUCUGUCUAUGUGAGAAACUUGCCCUCCAAUGUUACUGCUGCAGAAGUUGAGCAGGAAUUUAAGAACUUUGGCAGAAUCAAGCCUGAUGGUGUGUUCAUCAGGAAUCGAAAGGACGUGGUUGGUGUGUGCUAUGCUUUUGUUGAGUUCGAAGACCUUGCCAGUGUUCAAAAUGCAAUCAAGGCCUCACCAAUACUGCUGGCUGGAAGGCAAGUCUACAUUGAGGAGCGAAGACCAAACAGUGGCAUUGCUUCUCGAGGAGGAAGAAGGGGAAGAGGCAGAGGUGGCUACCAAACAGAUGCACCAAGGGGGCGAUUUGGUGCCCGUAGUUUGGGCAGGGGAAGCAAUCAAGAUGGUGGUGACUACACCAGAGCAAGAGGCAAUGGUUUCUAUCAGCGUGGUACACGGUAGGAGUAAGGUUAUUGAGAAACAAGAAACAGGGUGUGCACAGGCAGGAAGCACUCAGGCCUAAAGCAAGGUUUUCUGAUCUAAAGAUGAUACAGGGUUUUGAGUUACUGGUUCCUGAUUGAAUAUUUUCCUUUCAACAUGUACUUUUUGGGGUGUGUCUCACAUGGAGUGUUAGAGAUGUCUUUUUUACUGUUAUUGCGUCUGAUUGCGUUUCUGAUCCCUUUGAAAGGUUUUUAUAUGCAAUUCAAGUGGGAGAUUUUGGGUAUUUUUAAGCCCUGCUGUGAGGGAAUGUGAUGCGUUGGUUUUAUGGGUUA